AUGACUUCUAUAUCUAAAUAUCCUUCAUUUAAUGAAAUUCAAAGCUCUUUUGAGACCACCGACCCCGAUCGUGAAGGUGAAGCCAUUGCUCAAGAGGUAGUUUUAUUGUUAGAAUUAAGUCCGGAGCAAUACCAACGCUUACUUUUUUAUGAAAUAACUCCUCGCAAUAUUAAUGAAGCUAUAUAA